CUCACUACUCACUGCUCUCUCUCGCUCUCUCUCUCUCUCUGACUCUCACUCUCUCUCUCCCUCUCGCUCGCUGUCAGGUCUUCACAAACACAGAAGUUCAGACAAGAGGCAGCUCCUGAGCCAGAGAGACGGAAUUAAAAAAAAAAAAAAAAAAAAAAAAAGGGGAAUCAUCUCGGAGGAGCAAGUUUGCGAAAGAGAAAAGAGCAGAUAGACAAAGGGGAGAGGGGUGGGUGGGGGGUAUAUUUGGGUCGCUCUCUUUCCUCCUGGAUCUGUUUUUCCACCUUCCGUCCUCCGCCUGUGACUUCGCCGCUUCGCUGCCCUUUCCUUCGGCGCCGUUGCUGGGGAGGAUUCGCCGCGGGAGCGCUGGAUGGAGGAGAAGGAGCAGGGCGAGAGGGAGAUGGAGCACCGGGAGCGCGCGGAGCCGCUGUCUGAGGCCGAGCGCGGCAUGAUCCUGGACACCUGGGCGCGCGUCUACGAGAACUGCGAGGACGUGGGGGUGUCCAUCCUCAUCAGGUUCUUCGUGAACUUCCCCUCGGCCAAGCAGUACUUCAGCCAGUUCCGCGACAUGGACGACCCGGAGGAGAUGGAGCGGAGCACGCAGCUGCGCAAGCACGCGGGCCGCGUGAUGAACGCCAUCAACACCGUGCUGGAGAACCUGCACGACCCGGACAAGGUGUCCUCCGUCCUGGGGCUGGUGGGCAAGGCGCACGCCCUCAAGCACAAGGUGGAGCCCAUGUACUUCAAGAUCCUCAGCGGGGUGAUCCUGGAGGUGCUGAGCGAAGACUACCCAGACUGCUUCACCGCGGAGGUGCAGAGGGCCUGGACGAAGCUGAUGGGCCUGCUGUACUGGCACGUCACUGGGGCGUACGCGGAAGUGGGCUGGGUGCAGCUGUCCAGCUCCGCGGUGUGAGCAGGACGAAUUUUAACAGGAGGGAAAUUUUGGCAUCUCGCAGCGACCCCCCGUGUUACAGGUGUGACCUAGGGGGCGGGGGGCGGGGGGGGGGGGGGGAAGCGGGAGGGAGGAGAGAGUGGUUAGGAAUCAGGGAGAGCAGCUGCUUUUUUUUCGGGAAUUGUUUUUUUUUUAGAAUCUCUACCGUGUUCUGUCCCUCCUUCCCCACUGUCCAGGGGGCCAUUUCCUUGUACUCACCGAAACAUCGCGCGUAAAAAAAAAAAAAAAAUCUGCGUAACCUCUGAGGUGUCGUCUGUGUCGUAUACAGUGAGUGUAUGUUUAAGUGUGCCCUCCUUCAGAACCCGUAGCCAGCGGCUGGAGCCCCAGGACUUUAAACGAACUCCAGCUACCGAGGACAGAGCUCACCUGUAUACCUGUCACACCCAACCUGUACAUGGCUUUCCACUGUCUUUCUCUUUUUUGCACAAUAAAUGAAUGCAUGCACACACGUACACACACACACACACACACUCACACACACACACACACGCACACAACCACUCGGUGAGAAAAGUGCGGGGACAAUAACAGUGAUGAAGAGGCAGGCUGGAGAAUAGUGUGACGGCGCGGCUUUUUUUGCUGUGAUUGUGGAUUGUCUCGCCUGAUUGGUGCGCUUAUCCAUUGUUAACCUGUUGCCCGUGACGAUUCGUACGAAGCCACGGGACUCUGAUUCACGCAGGCGGCAAAUUGGGGCUCAGCGCUACGACCGUUCGCUCAGCGCGGACCCCCCGAAAACGUCUCUGCGGCAUUAUCCUUUUUUUUUUACAAAACGCAUCCCAUUACACGCUUCGCGAGCCAGAGCGCAAACUCAUUAAAAAAAGGAAGCUGGCCACAUGGGGGGGCCUUUUUUCCGAUCUGUCAAUUUAAUAACGGCGUUUCGCAAAAAAAACUGGAAAAAAAUCUUUGACAAAAAUGUGGUUUUAAACACAGCGGGCGAAUCGCGUACCGAAAAUAAACAUCAAACGAAAACAGAAAAAAGCGGAAUCUGCAGCCGCCGCCGGCAGAGCUCCGACGAUCCGCGGCGUGUUCUGCCAUUUCGUUUUUUUUUGUCGCGGCUGAAAUUCCCUCGACGCCGGAUUUUUAGGCGGAGCUGGAGCGCGGCCGCUCGCGCUUCCCGUUCCCGGGGCCCCGGCCCCUUCUCCCCUUCGUCAUUUAGCGCUAACGAGCGGGUAAUGAGUCCCGGGGGCCGUCCAUCAACGUCUCCCUCCCCGCCCUGCUCAGGAAGCCUGCUGUCUGCGGCGCUCCGCUCUUAAUGGGAGAGGAGGGGGGGGGGGGAAAUUGGACAUGAUUUGUGCCUCUCUCGCUGCCAUUUUGCCAGGUGAUAAAUUAGAAUCUCAGACGCCGAAAGGCCGACGGUAUUUUCGGUGCCGCGCGAGCGCGAACACAAACGCGAGCGCGCGC